AUGUCAUCAUCACCAUAUACCGGCCACGCCCCCUCCGGCUCCGUCGAGCUCGACUCCCGCAUCAUCCCAUUCUUCGAGAACUUCUAUAGAGUAUCGGAUAGCCAAACAGCCGACGAUGAAUAUGUAGACGCAUUGACCAAGGAAGGUACUCUGAUCAUGGGCACGAAGAAGGCGGUUGGGAAGGAUGAGAUUAUGACGUUGAGAAAGGGGCUCUGGAGUGGGCCGGUGAAGAAGAGACAGCAUCAUCUGCAUAGGAUUUACCCGUUCACUUCACAGGACGUGAUGAUUCACGGAAGUGUGGAUUAUGAAUUGCAUAACGGGCAGGAUGUCACGGUUCAAUGGGCUGGACAUGCUCAGUUUGUUGAGAGUGAGGAUGGGAAGUUGCGGAUGAGGUUCUAUCAGGUUUAUUUGGAUAGUGCACCGGUUGCACAGGCUGCUGCUAAAUAA